GAUGGUGCAGGCGGCGGCAAAGGUGUUUACGAUGCUUCCUUCGACACCGCAAGUGGAAGCUGUCUACUUGGAUCCUGUUCAAGGCAUUCUGGCGGGUCUCCAGGGACUCCCGGGUAAUACGUCUGACUUGCCUCUGGUUACAGCACCUCAACCAAAUGUAUCGGGCAAUACAAGUCAAGCAGUGGACGAGCAGCUUUCAUCCACGACCACCCUCUCCUCCGGCCCACCACCAAACAACCCCCAUACCCUGCUUAUCGACCAAACAACCCUCGACCCCACCGUCGCCCUCGCAGUAUCCACCCGUAUCCACCAAGAAACCUCUCACAAGGCGCUUAUGGUAGACGCCCCAGUCUCGGGCGGGACGGUCGGGGCGGAGAAGGGAGAGUUGACAAUCAUGUUUGGUUCGCCUUCGGCCGUGGCGACGGAAUUAGUGGUGCCGCUGUUGCAAAGGAUGGCGAGGGCUGGAGGGGUGGUGGAGUGUGGAGGCAGUGGGACUGGGGUGGGUGUCAAGGUUUGCAACAACUUGGUUCUCGCGUGCAACCAAAUCGCUCUCGCCGAAGGACUCUCCCUCGGCCACUCUCUCGGCAUCGACCCCUCCCUCCUCCGCAGUGUCAUAGACACCUCUUCUGGCUCCUCCUGGUCAUCCCGGAUCAACCCGCCCAUCUCCACACUCCCCAACACCCCGGCGUCGCGCGGAUACAAGGGCGGGUUCCAGACGAAGCUGAUGUUGAAGGAUGUUGGCUUGGCGCUUCAGGCGGCGCACAAGCAUAGUCUUCCGACGCCUCUGACGUGGGCGAGUAAGAGUGUUUAUGAGGCGGUUUGUGAGGAGGGAGAUGGGGAUUGGGGGGCGAUGGAUUUUAGUGUGGUGUAUGAGUGGAUCAGGAAGAAGCAGAGGGAUGGUGUGGAGAAGGGGUGGAAGGACUGAGAUGUACGAGUACACGUAUGGGUCAUAUUGGCGACGACUCUGGUUAUCAGUUGUUACCUGAUACAAUGUGAGACAACAACAUUGGAAUGAUUGCUCUGAAGACCCCAUUGAC